AUGGGACGUUUACUGGGGCUCGAACUACACAAUUUCAAAUCAUACAAAGGUACUACAAAAGUCGGGUUUGGAGAAUCCAAUUUCACUAGUAUCAUCGGACCUAAUGGGUCAGGUAAAAGUAAUAUGAUGGACGCCAUAUCCUUUGUCCUGGGCGUACGCAGUAGUCAUUUGCGGUCUCAUCAACUGAAAGAUUUGGUGUAUAGAGGACCCUUACAGGAGAAUUCUAUGGAUAGCCUUGAUGAUGAUCAAGAAGAUAAUGAAAAUGCUUAUGUAUGCGCAUUUUAUAAGAAAGAUGAUAGUAUAGUAAGGUUGCAAAGAAAUAUUUCGAUACAUGGAGAUAGUGAUUAUAGGAUCGAUGAUCAGAUUGUAUCUUAUAAAGAAUAUUCGAAAUGGUUAGAAAAUGAAAAUAUUCUUGUUAAAGCAAAAAAUUUCUUAGUGUUUCAAGGUGAUGUUGAACAAGUCGCAUCUCAAUCACCAAUGGAUUUAUCUAAAUUGAUUGAAGAAGUCUCUGGCUCAAACCAAUACAAAACCGAAUAUGAAUCUUUAAAAGAUGAAGUUAAUAUAUUAGGAAAAGCUACCACUGAUGCUACUAAAAAUAGUAAAAGAGCUGAAAAUGAAUUGAAGACUUUAGAACAAGGAAUAAAUCAAAAUAAUGAAUAUAAAGAUAACGUCAAACAAAAAAAAGUUUUACAAAAACAUUUUGCAUUAUGGCAAUUAUAUCAACUAGAACAAACUCGUCAAUCGUUUAAAACAGCUAUCAAAAAAUCCAAUGAGAAGAUUAAUCAAUUGCAAAAGAAAAUGAAAGAUGAAGAACGUAGUUUGAUAAGAUCUCAAAAAUUGGUUUCUCGUGAUGCCACUAGUAUCACUAAGAAUAAAAGUACAUUAGAAUAUAUUCAAAGAGAUCAUGAGAAAUUGAUCUCGGAUUUAAAAUUAGUUCAUUUACCACAACAAACUACUAAGAAACGUAUAGAUUCAAUUGAACAAAGAAUAGCUACUUUUCAAAAAGAUAUAGAGAGACAAAAAUCUUAUAUUGAAAGAUAUGAGAAACAAUUGAAAGUCACUACUAAAACAAAAUCGACUUUUCAAGAAGAAAUUAAAGAGAAUAAUAAGAAUCAAACUCAAUAUCAAUUAUCAAAAGAAGAUUUAAUAGAAUAUGAAAAAUUAAAUGGUAAAUAUUUGGCACAAGGUGGUGCUCCCCUUGAAGAAACUUUAGCUUUAUUAGAAAAUGAUAAAGAAGAAAUUACUAUAGAACUGAAUAGAUUUGAAAACGUCUUAGAGACAACUCGUGAAAAGAUUAAUAAUGAACUUCAAAUUAAUUUAGAAGAUAAAAAAUUACAAUUAGAAGCAUUGACAUCUUCAUUAAAUGAUAAAAAUGCGCAACAUACAGAAAGAGUUAAUGGACUAAAGGAUUUACAAUCCCAGAUAGAAUCCAAUAGUAACAAAGAAUAUGAUUUAAAUUAUAAACUAAGAGAAACGUUAGUUAGAAUCGAUGAUUUAAGCGCUAAUCAAAGAGAAUCGUUAAAGGAGAAAAAGACCCGUGAAAAUGUCACUACAUUGAAAAGAUUUUUCCCAGGGGUUAAGGGUCUUGUUCAUGAUUUAUGUCAUCCAAAGAAGGAUAAAUAUGCGUUGGCCGUCUCAACUGUUCUUGGUAGAAAUUUUGACUCCAUCAUUGUGGACUCUAGUGCUACCGCUCAAGAAUGUAUCUCAUAUUUAAAGAAACAAAGAACAGGUGCGGCAUCUUUCAUUCCAUUAGAUACAAUUGAAUCGGAAAUCGCUUCAUUACCUGUAUCAGGUGGUGGUAGCGGUUAUAUAUUGGCCAUUAAUGCUAUGGAAUACGAACCACAAUAUGAAAGAGCUAUCCAAUAUGUUUGUUCUAAUACUAUUAUCUGUGAUACAUUAGAUAUCGCCAAAAGUUUGAAAUGGGAACAAGGAAUCAAUUCAAAAUUGGUUACAUUGGAUGGUUCAUAUAUUCAUAGAGCUGGUCUAAUGACGGGUGGUACAUCAAAGAAUCAAAACAAUAGAUGGGAUAAAGAAGAAUAUCAAAGUCUAAUGACUUCGAAGGAUAAAUUGUUGAUGGAAAUAGAAGACUUGACUGCCUCUACAUUGUCUGCAUCAUUGAAGGCUAGAGAUCUUGAAAGUGUUAUCUCUAUGUUAAACUCCGAGAUUGCAAAUAUUCGUAUUAAUUUAACACAGACCAAUAGAGUCAUUGAUGAUAUGAAGGUUGAAUUAACAAAUCAAAAUGAUUUAAUUGAAAGAGAAUAUUUACCAAAAAUUGUUUCAUUAAAGGAAAAAAUUCAAGAAUUGGAAAAUAUAAUAAAUAGCAAGACCCAGGAGAAAGAAAUGCUACAAGAUACAAUAUAUAAAGUAUUAACUGAUAAGGUUGGUUUCACUAUUAAAGAUUAUGAGAAUCAUUCUGGAGAACUAAUGAGAAAACAAAAUAAAGAAUUGAAUCAAUUACAAAAAGAAAUAUUAACUGUAGAAAAUAAAUUACAAUUUGAAGUAGAAAGAUUAGCCACUACAGAGAAAAGAUUUGAAAAAGCACAAACUGAUUUACAAAAGACCAAGGCCGAGUUAAAAUCACUUCAAGAUGAUGAAACACACGCUCAUUCUAAAAUAACUAAGAAUGAAACCAAGAUACAAGAACAAAAUGAAGAAAUUUCCAACUUACAAGAAUCUUUAAUUGCUAAACAACGUGAAUUGGCCAUUGCUGAGGAUCGUGUCACUGAUUUGGAGUCACAAAUAGAGACACAAACACGUCACAUAGAUGAGAUUAAUGGUGAUGGUGAAAAAAUAGAAUUAGAAAGAGUUGGUAUAUUACAAAAUUGUAAGAUAUCAGGUAUUGAAAUUCCUGUUCUUUCUGCAACCGAUUUGGCAGAUCUUCCAAUUGCUCAAAUUGAUGAUACAACCCUAGAUAUAUCACAAAAACUUGAUAUUGAUUAUGAUGAUUUACCUAAGAAAUAUAAAGAAAAUAAAGGUCAAUCUACUCGUUCAGAAUUUAUUUCAAAAAUUAAGAAUGCUGAAGAAAAAUUGAGUGUUUUGCAACCUAACGCCAGAGCAUCAGAGAGACAUGAUGAUGCAAUGGAAAGGUUCAGGGAGAUUAACCAAGAGAGAACCGAUUUGAAAGAAAAAGAAAAUAGUGCUAUGAAACGUUUCCGUGAGGUAAAAUCUGCUAGAAAGAAUCUAUUUGAGAAGGCCUUUGAUCAUGUUAGUGAACACCUUUCAGCCAUCUAUAGAGAAUUAACAAGAAAUCCAAAUUCUUCUAUGGAACUAAGUGGUGGUAACGCAUCUUUAACUCUAGAGAACGAAGAUGAACCAUUUAACGGUGGUAUUAGAUAUCAUGCUACACCACCAUUAAAGAGAUUUAAAGACAUGGAAUACUUAUCAGGUGGUGAAAAGACUGUUGCCGCAUUAGCUCUAUUAUUUGCUAUUAAUUCAUAUCAUCCAAGUCCAUUCUUUGUAUUAGACGAAGUCGAUGCAGCAUUAGAUAUUACUAAUGUAGAGAGAAUUGCUAUGUACAUUAGAAGACAUGGUAAUCCUGAUUUACAAUUCAUUGUUAUAUCUUUGAAGAGUUCAAUGUUUGAAAAAUCAGAUGCAUUAGUUGGUGUCUUUAGACAGCCUGAUGAAAACACAUCAAAAGCUGUCACCUUAGACCUAAGAAACUACGCAGAUUAA